ACCGCCUUCACCGCCCCGCCCGAGCAGGUGCCCGAGAGCCUGUCCAACCAGAAGCGGCGGGUGAAGGUGCUGAAGCAGGAGCUGGGCGGGCUGGGCAUCAGCAUCAAGGGCGGCAAGGAGAACAAGAUGCCCAUCCUCAUCAGCAAGAUCUUCAAGGGGCUGGCGGCCGACCAGACCCAGGCGCUGUACGUGGGCGAUGCCAUCCUGGCCGUCAAUGGCACGGACCUGCGGGACGCCACGCACGACGAGGCGGUGCAGGCGCUCAAGCGGGCGGGCAAGGAGGUGCUGCUGGAAGUGAAGUACAUGCGAGAAGCAACUCCAUAUGUGAAGAAAGGUUCUCCAGUUUCAGAAAUCGGUUGGGAAACGCCUCCACCCGAGUCCCCGCGGUUGGGUAGUGCAUCCUCUGACCCACUGUCGCAGCUUUCCCUCUCUGUCAACAGAGACAAAAAAACAAUUCCGCUCAAAAUGUGUUAUGCGACACACAACAUGGCAGUGUCGGACCCAGAAAACAGACUUAUUGAAGUCCAUUCACCUGAUGGCAAGCACACUGUGGUACUAAGGAGUAAGGAUUCAGCCACAACCCAGGCCUGGUUCAAUGCUAUCCACUCCAGUAUCAAUGAUCUCAUCCCCAGGGUGGUUGCAGAAGUCAGAGACCAGCUGGGUAAAACAGGGAUCGCUGGAAGUCGAGAGAUUAGGCACCUAGGCUGGCUUGCAGAAAAGGUGCCAGGAGAGAAUGAGAAGCACUGGAAACCAGCACUAGUUGUCCUGACUGAGAAGGACCUUUUAAUAUAUGAGAGCAUGCCACGAAUGAAGGAAGCUUGGUUCAGCCCUCUUCAUACCUACCCCCUGCUAGCAACCAGGUUGGUCCACUCAGGCCCAGGGAAAGGAUCUCCACAGUCAGGGGUGGAUUUAUCCUUUGCAACCCGCACUGGAACAAGGCAAGGGAUUGAAACUCAUCUCUUCAGAACAGAGACUAGCAGAGACCUCUCCCUGUGGACAAGGAACAUAGUGCAGGGCUGUCACAACUCAGCUGAGCUCAUCACAGAAAUCACAACCUCUUGUACCUACAAAAACCAGGAGUGCCAUCUGACCAUCCACUAUGAGCACGGGUUCUCUCUCUCAACUGAACCGCAAGAUGGUGCCUUCUCUAAAACAAUUGUACAGUAUCCCUAUGAAAAACUAAAAAUGUCCUCCGAUGAUGGGAUUAGGAUGCUUUAUUUAGACUUUGGAGGAAAGGAUGGAGAACUUCAACUGGACCUGCAUUCUUGUCCGAAACCAAUUGUGUUCAUCAUUCAUUCCUUCCUUUCAGCUAAGAUUACGAGACUUGGUUUGGUAGCAUAAGUGGGAUUCAUCUGUUUCCUAAAAGAAAAAUGGAGCUGCCAUGCUAAUCUGAAGUACAAUCAACAUUAAAAGCCUGUAGCUGCUAGCAGUGUACAAAAGACUGGAGUUCCAUGCAGGGACUUUAGCUCUCGUGAUUUCUGACAAUUUUCCAAGGUACAGCCUUCAUUUUGAAAAGGAGGCCCAAAAAAAAGAACACACACCAUGUUUAAAGACCAAGAACAGUCUUUUAAAAAUCACUGUUAAUUGCAGGAUACAACGUAGCUUAUUGUAAAUAAUGGCAAAAAAUUUAAAACCGCAUACUGUACAGUGGAAAUGAGCAGUGCCAUAUAGGUAGACAUUUCAAAAUCAUAAACUGUGCCUAUUUCGGAGUAUUUCUUUAUAAAAAGUAAGUAAGGGCUAAGCAGAAGACAGACCAGACACUAUCAGCUGCAAUUCAGUCAAGGUUUCAGUUUUGAAAUGUCAUAGUGAGUAGAGACUACAACAAUUUGCUUUUGAAACCUUUGUUACCUUCCUCCCAGUUUAUUCACUAUUUAAAUGUGUUACUGGUCUAGAUGAACCAUGUGAGGCAGCUGCUGGAGUACCCCAGCAGAUACAUUUUGGCUGGGUCCUGUAAACAGCCCUCAAAGGGCCCAACACUUCCCUAUUGCCCACACACGUAAAGCUAUCUGUGUAUGACGAAGUCUGAACAGCAAUAGCUAUAGGGAUCUAUCGAAAAGCCUGUCAAUCAGAAGAGAGCACAAAGGGGCAUGUUUCAUAAGUAUCCUUAAUUAAUGAGCACACAGGGUAAUUUUUUCAAAAGCACUCAAAAUUACUUAGGAGUUUAACUCCGUUGAAAGUCAGUUGUACCUAUGAUCCAUUUUGAAAAGGUCCCCAAAAUCCUUACAAGCUUUUGAAAAUGUUGCCAAAAAAUUAAGUUACUGUGCCCCACUUAAAAUCAUGAACUAGAACUGCCACUGUGUCCUGCUGUUAAAUCAGCUGAAUUGAAAUGGACUUCAUUAUUUAGCUCAGUAAAUUAAUUUAAAAUGCACUUUUGAGAUCCAAGUGGCUUAAAAUGUAUUAUUAGCAGUAAAAUGAAAAUAAAAUAUUGAUCAAAUAGAAUUUAUAUGGCUUUUAAACUGCAACAGAACUGCUUCAAAUAGGUCUUUAUAAUGUGUUGAUGAUAAGAAACAUGUUUUGAAAGCCAGAGCCUAUAAGAAGGUCACAGUGUAGCAUUGCAAUGGUUCAUUAUUGUUACACUUCAAAAGCCAAGUAAGUUCUAAAAUAAAUGCUACUCAUUGAGCAAAGGAAAAUAAAUUAAAUGCUCUAAACACAAUUUGUUUCCAUAUGAACUGUUUUAUGUUAAAGUUCUAAACAUAAUAACAAGGCCAAUGUUUCCACAUAUAAAAAUCUAUAUUUUUAUAAUGGGCUAACUAGUAAUAGAAACUCCUUUACAAGUUUUGAGAGAUGUUGGGUUAAAUUCACAAAUGUUGUAUUGUACUUGCAAACAUUACACCCAAAAGACGACAGCACACAAACUAAAUAUUUGAAAUAGUUCAGGUAGACCAAUUGUUUUCAGGAUUUUUUGUGAAGAUAACUAUUUUACUUUGAUUGGGACUUAGGUAAGGAACUAAAACUUUUUAGUUUCCAUCUAAAAAUAUGUAAAUUUAAAUAGUAUGCCAAUAUUUUCCAAUAGUGUGCAUUUCUAAUCUCCUCAAAACUGAUAUUCAUGCAGUUCCCUGGGGCAAAGUGUUAACUUAAGCCAGAAAGACUUUCACAAUACUCAUAUUGCCUCUUUUGGGAGACAAACGUAUGUCAUAUGUUUGGGGACUGGCCUUUGAUCACAAGUUCGUAUUUCAGUAGCAGCCUGUUCAGAGCAUGUAAAAAGUAAAUUCAAAAUUAUAUCCCUCUGUUAAAUCAUAAUAUCUUCCAAGUCACCCAAGCAAAGUGUUUUGUUUUAGUUUUGUACAAGUACAAAUACUUAAUGAAUUUGGAUCCAUAUUCCUAUGGAAAUUCCAGAGAUUAAAAAUAGCAACUGAUAUACUGUGGGUACGGUGAAAUGAAAAUGUAAAUUAUACUGCACUAUUUCCUUAUACCUUUUAACACUUAAGAUCACUGGAAUGUUAUAAAAUUACAUGUAUGUGCAUUGUAAAUAAUCAGAAUUCAUAUAUCUGUCAACAAAUAAAUUCCACGAUAUGUAAUCUAAGGUGCUCAGUACCAUAUGAAGUAUAAGUGAAUAACUAAAUAGUUUGCAAUGAAAGUGCAUAUUAUAUAUUUAUAGACAAAUUAAAAAAGGUAAUUACAAAUGUUAUUUCUUCAUUUACAGAUUUUGGACUGAUUCUUAUUUGGAUGGGUUUGACAAAUGAAAUAUGAACUUACUCUACAUUUAUAAAGAGUAUAGUUAAUAUUUAUAUUUUAGAGGAAAAGAAUAUAUUUAAUAAAAGUCAUUU